UGACAGUAGAGUACUGUAUACACUGAGCAGAUGAGCCUAGAGCAGCAGCCCCCGAUCAUGUGACUGAUCACAUGACGGUGACAUCAUCGCAGGUCCUGUAAGUACACGGCUCCUCUACAGAUACAGGUUUCUCCAAUCCAGGAUCCUCUGCUGAUAUCUUCUAUAUAAGAGAAUUCUCCUGGAUGACCCAUCAACCAUGGAGAGAGACAGGAACAAGAUGGCCGACAGGAUCAUAAACCUCACCCUACAGAUACUCUUCCGGCUUACUGGAGAGGAUUACACAGUAGUGAAGAAGUCCUCUAGUGGGCGCUGUCAGGCCCCUGUGUGUGAAGGAUGGGGAAGAACCCUGAGCCCAAUCCCGGGGCCCCCACCUCACUCCCUGAUACAUGAGGAAAUGGAUGAACAGAAGAUCCUAGAACUCAUCAACAAGAUGAUGGAGCUGCUGACUGGAGAGGUUCCUAUAAGGUGUCAGGACAUGGCGGUCUAUUUCUCCAUGGAGGAGUGGGAGUAUGUAGAAGGACACAAGGAUCAGUACAAGGAUCAGGUCAUGAUGGAGGAUCAGCAGCCCCUCACAUCACCAGUCAGAUCCAGUAAGAGAACAGCACCAGAGAGGUGUCCCCGUCCUCUUCUUCCACAGGAUGAUCAGGGAGAAGAUCUUAACAAUGUUAAUGCUCCAGAGACAGAUGUGAGCGGUUAUGAGCAGUAUAAGGAGGACAUCCCGACAGGAAAAGAUCUGAACAAUGUUAAUGCUACAGAUAUGAAGGAAGAAGAAGAGACAGAUGUGAGCGGUGAUGAGCAGUAUAAGGAGGACAUUCUGACAGCAAAAGAUCUGAACAAUAUUAAUGCUACAGAUAUAAAGGAAGAAGAAGAGACAGAUGUGAGCUGUGAGGAGCAGUAUACGGAGGACAUUCCGACAGAAAAAGAUCUGUACAAUAUUAAUUCUACCAAUAUAAAGGAAGAAGAAGAGACAGAUGUGAUCGGUGAUGAGCAGUAUAAGGAGGACAUUCUGACAGGAAAAGAUCUGAACAAUAUUAAUGCUACAGAUAUGAAGGAAGAAGAAGAAGAAGAGACAGAUGUGAGCUGUGAUGAGCAGUAUAAGGAGGACAUUCCUACAGGUAACCGCCCAGAUUCUUGUACCAGGAGAUCAGAGGAGAAUCUUCUAUCUUCAGAUUAUAAAGCAGAUGAUGAUAUCACACAAGAUACAUAUGAAGAACAUUCCAUUAUCCCAGAUACACCCUCAGCCCUUCACAGCCAAGAUCUCUCAUCUCAUCCUUAUAUACAGGUCCUGUCUUCUCAGUCAUCACAGGAUGUUCAGCAAAAAGAAAGUCAUAGAAGGGGUGUUGGACAUGAAAGAAAUCAUACAGGAAAGAAACCAUAUUCAUGCUCAGAAUGUGGGAAAUGUUUUACUAAGAAAUCAUAUCUUGUUCAACAUCAAAGAACUCACACAGGGGAGAAGCCAUUUUCAUGUUCAGAAUGUGGGAAAUGUUUUACUGACAAAUCAUAUCUUGUUCAACAUCAAAGAACUCACACAGGGGAGAAGCCAUUUUCAUGUCCAGAAUGUGGGAAAUGUUUUCCUUUUAAAUCAGGUCUUGUUGUACAUCAAAAAACUCACACAGGAGAGAAGCCAUUUUCAUGUCCAGAAUGUGGGAAAUGUUUUCCUUUUAAAUCAAAUCUAAUGCAACAUCAAAGAACUCACACAGGAGAGAAGCCAUUUUCAUGUGCAGAAUGUGGGAAAUGUUUUUCUGAUCAAUCAAGUCUUAUUCAACAUCAAAGAACUCACACAGGAGAGAAGCCAUUUUCAUGUGCAGAAUGUGGGAAAUGUUUUACUUAUAAAUCAAGUCUUGUUAAUCAUCAAAGAACUCACACAGGAGAGAAGAAGUUUUCAUGUUCAGAAUGUGGGAAACGUUUUGCUCAGAAAUCAGAUCUUUUUAGACAUCAAAGAACUCACACAGGGGAGAAGCCAUUUUCAUGUGCAGAAUGUGGGAAAUGUUUUACUGAUAAAUCAACUCUUAUUCAACAUGAAAGAACUCACACAGGGGAGAAGCCAUUUUCAUGUGCAGAAUGUGGGAAAUGUUUUACUGAUAAAUCAAGUCUUAUUCAACAUCAAAGAACUCACACAGGGGAGAAGCCAUUUUCAUGUGCAGAAUGUGGGAAAUGUUAUACUGUGAAAUCAAAUCUUGUUCAACAUCAAAUAACUCACACAGGGGAGAAGCCAUUUUCAUGCUCAGAAUGUGGGAAAUGUUUUGCUAAGAAAUCACAUCUUGUUCAACAUCGAAGAACUCACACAGGGGAGAAGCCAUUUUCAUGUUCAGAAUGCGGAAAAUGUUUUACUGACAAAUCAAGUCUUGUUAAACAUAAAAGAACUCACUCAGGGGAGAAGCCAUUUUCAUGUUUAGAAUGUGGAAAAUGUUUUACUGACAAAUCAGAUCUUGUUAAACAUCAAAGAACUCACACAGGAGAAAAGCCAUUUUCAUGUUCAGAAUGCGGAAAAUGUUUUACUGACAUAUCAAGUCUUGUUAAACAUCAAAGAACUCACACAGGAGAAAAGCCAUUUUCAUGUUCAGAAUGCGGAAAAUGUUUUACUGACAAAUCAAGUCUUGUUAAACAUCAAAGAACUCACACAGGAGAAAAGCCAUUUUCAUGUUUAGAAUGUGGAAAAUGUUUUACUGGGAAAACAAAUCUUGUUCAACAUCACAGAACUCACACAGGGGAGAAGCCAUUUUCAUGCUCAGAAUGUGGAAAAUAUUUUACUCAGCUUUCCCAUCUUGUUAAGCAUCACAGAACUCACAAAGGAGAGAAGCCAUUUUCAUGUUCAGAAUGUGGAAAAUGUUAUACUGAGAAAUCAAUUCUUGUUCAACAUCAAAAAGCUCACACAGGGGAGAAGCCAUUUUCAUGUUCAGAAUGUGAAAAAUGUUUUCCUGACAAAUCAAGUCUUGUUAAACAUAAACGAACGCACACAGGUGAAAAACCAUAUUCAUGUUUAGUAUGUGGGAAAUGUUUUUCUGACAAAUCAAAUCUGGUUAAACAUGAAAGAACUCACGCAGGGGAGCAGCCAUUUUCAUGUUCAGAAUGUGGAAAGUGUUUUAAUGACAUAUCAAGUUUUGUUAUACAUAUAAAAAUUCACACAGAGGAGAAGCCAUUUUUCUGUGCAGAGUGUGGGAAAGGUUUUAUUGUGAAAUCAAAUCUUGUUCAGCAUCAAAGAACUCAUACAGGGGUGAAGCCAUUUUCAUGUGCAGAGUGUGGGAAAUGUUUUUCUCAGAAAUCAGAUCUUGUUAAACAUCAAAGAACUCACACAGGGGAGAAGCCAUUUUCAUGUGCAGAAUGUGGGAAAUGUUUUUCUCAGAAAUCCCAUCUUUUUAGACAUCAAAGAACUCACACAGGAGAGAAGCCAUUUUCAUGCUCAGAAUGUGGAAAAUGUUUUACCCAGCAUUCUCAUCUUGUUAAGCAUCACAGAACUCAUACAGGAAAGAAGCCACCAUUUUCAUGCUCAGAAUGUGGGAAAUGUUUUACUCAGAAAUCAGACCUUGUUAAACAUCAAAGAACUCACACAGGGGAGAAACCCUUUUCAUGUGCUGAAUGUGGGAAAUGUUUUACUUAUCAUUCAAGUCUUGCUAAACAUAAAAGAUCUCACACAGGGGAGAAACCAUUUUCAUGUUCUAAAUGUGGGAAAUGUUUUACUUUUAAAUCAGGUCUUGUUGCACAUCAAAGAACUCACACAGGAGAGAAGCCAUUUUCAUGUUCAGAAUGUGGGAAAUGUUUUACUCUUAAAUCAGACCUUGUUGUACAUCAAAGAACUCACACAGGGGAGAAGCCAUUUUCAUGUUCAGAAUGUGGGAAAUGUUUUGCUCAGAAAUCAGAUCUUAUUAAACAUCAAAGAACUCAUACAGGGGAGAAGCCAUUUUCAUGUUCAGAAUGUGGGAAAUGUUUUACUUUUAAAUCAGGUCUUGUUGUACAUCAAAGAACUCACACAGGAGAGAAGCCAUUUUCAUGUUCAGAAUGUGGGAAAUGUUUUACUUUUAAAUCAAGUCUUGUUAAACAUAAAAGAACUCACACUGGGGAGAAGCCAUUUUCAUGUGCAGAAUGUGGGAAAUGUUUUACUGAUAAAUCAAGUCUUGUUAAACAUAAAAGAACUCACACUGGGGAGAAGCCAUUUUCAUGUUCUAAAUGUGGGAAAUGUUUUGCUCAGAAAUCAGAUCUUAUUAACCAUCAAAGAACUCACACAGGGGAGAAGCCAUUUUUAUGUGCAGAAUGUGGAAAAUGUUUUACUGAUAAAUCAAAUCUUGUUAAACAUAAAAGAACUCACACAGGGGAGAUGUCAAUUCAGAGCAGUAAAUGAUGCAGAUAACACAUCUAUAUAUUAUCCAUGUACAUAGGAUAUCUGACAUUUAUACUAUAUCAUAUACUGCAUUUCCAAA